AUGCUGGCGCUGAAGCUCACAGUGCCCGAUGGAACAGCUCAGAAGUCGGCGCCCGACCUCCUCGAUUGGUUCCGGCAACGAGAUCGGGAGCUUUUCGAUCACCUCGAGGAGUGGCUGAACCGACUGCAGGCACUCCUGGACAAGACGGCCUUCGGGGAGAGCCUCAAUGGCUCGCUGAAUGGCCGGAAGAAGGACACCAGCCUCCCGUGGUUCAAGGACCCCCAGGCGAGCCUCACUUCGUUGCAAGACGAGGGCCGGGCCGUUUCCGUCUCCGAGGUGUUGAAGGAGAGUGACCAGAAGCUUCUGGAGCUCCUGGAAGACUGGCUAUCCAGGCGAUAUCGAGCCAUGCAGGGCAGCAUUCUUAUGUUGAUGUGCUGGGUUCAGGGUGGCAUCGCCGUUCGCACCAGUGUCAUGGCGAAUGCCUCCGCCGACAGCGAGAUGCCCUGUGCCUUGGGCUUGGGACGCUGCUGUGAGAGCAAGUGCAAUGGCGAGCAUGUGUACCACGGGAGAUCCGACACCACGGUCACGUACACCGAUUGCACAGUCUCGGAGAACUGGGAAUUCCAGAUGGUCUCGCCCGGCAAGUUCAAGCCGGUGGAUCGAAAGCUGUCCUUGGAAACGAAGUUGGCCCCGGGCUUCGACGUGCCCUGGACGGCGAAGUACUUCUGCCAAGAGCGGUGCAUCAUCAGCACCCCGAGGACAAGGAGGGAGGAUCCGCAGCCCCAAGAUCAGAAGAGUGAUGUCUUGCGUGCCGGUGGCGAGAGGAGCGAUGCCCCAGUCUGUGCGUUCGACGAGCGACUUCUCUACACCCUUCUUGAUUGA